AAGAAAAAGAAAAAGAAAAGAAAAAGAAGAAAAAGAAAAAGAAAAAGAAAAAGAAAAAGAAACAUCACACAAAAAAAGCAAAGAGAAGAAGAAGACAAAGAACCACAAGAAAGAGAGAAGAGAAGAGAAAAGAAGAAAGAAGAAACAGAAGAAAAGCAAAAGAAAAGAAGGCAGAAGAAAAGACAGAAACAAAAAACAGAGAAGAAGAAAACACAAGAACAAAGCAAAGCAAAAGUAGAUAGAAAACCAGACGCAGAAAGAAGAAAGAAAACCUCAGGGGGGCAAGAAAGAAACACAAUAAGAGAAAAAAGAAAGAGAGAAGAAGAAAGAAAAGAAAGCAAGAAGAAGAAGCAGAGAAAGCAGCAGAAGAACAAGAGCAGGAAAACAGAAAACAAAGACAAAGAAGAAAGAAGAACACUAAAAGAAGAGGAAGUAAGAAGAAGACAAGAUAAGAAGACAAAAGAAGAAGAAAAGAAGCGAGAGCAAGAGUAAAAAAGACAAUAAAGAAAGAGAAAGAAAGAAGAAAAGAACAAA